CCCACCCCUUUUCAUUUCAUCUUCUUCCUUUUUUUCGUAUUCAGUGCUUCUAAUCAAAACCAGUGCCAUCAAAACACAGCAGCUCAAAUUCUAUUUCUUCGUAGCAAGUUUACUUGCACAAGAGGAGGUAGCAGCACCUUUUUCCUUCGUUAGUUUCCCCACAAAAAAAAAAAAGCUUGUGUCUUUUCCAUCUCUUAUGACAUUUCAACCCAAAACGGACCCUGGGUCUUUGCCUAGGUCCAUUCCGACCGCCACUGAAAAAGAAUACGGUGAAAUGAGCAUAUCCGAGCUAGUUGAUGUGCUGCGUAUUGCGUAUAAAAUUGAGGAUUUUGAUAAAAUUGAGGAAGAGUUGGUAAAGAGGGAAGCAAAACUUAGGGCGGAAAUUGGAUCACUGGGGGAGAAGUUUGAGCUGGAGAGGCUCAAGAGAAUUGAAGUCGAAGAGAGACUGAAAAUCAGAGAGGAGCAAUAUAAAAAGGGGAAGAGAGCCCAGGAUAAUUAUGAGCAGUUGUUGAAGGAAGUGAAAACAGGUCGCUUGGUUGAAAAACAUGCUAUUGAGGAGUUCAUCAAAAAGAACGUUGCUUUAGAAGGUGAAGUGUAUGAGCUGAAGGAGUUCAGGAAAAAAAUGCUAGAUGAGGUCAAAUCUAUGGAUGAACUAAGGGACAAGAUCCGUGUGUGGAAGGAGGAGAAGGUUGGGGACAAGAAUGCUCUUGAUGUCUUUAUCAUGAAGAACAUUGAAUUGCAGGAAGCAGUUAAGAAGAAUUUGACUGUCAUAGAGGGGUUGAAGAAUGAAAAUGGUAAACUGACAGACGAGAAGCACGAACUUAAGACAUUAUUUGAAUCUUUGGAGAAGAGAUAUAGUAAACUCCGUGUCAGUGAUGUGAAGUUGGAAGAGAGUACUAUGCCUUUGAUGAGUGAAGAUGCCUUUGAUUGUGGGAACACUGAAGUGGAGCCCAAUCUUGGAGUUUCUUUCGCUGUCAAAGAUGAAAAGGAUGUUAGUGACAACGAGCUUGAAAAUGACACUGGGGAGCCUGUUCCUUUACAAAGGGAUGAAGAUACUCAUUACUCUGUUGAUACUGGCACUGUUCAGUCUCCCAACAAAGGGAACAAGGAGGAUGCUAUAGGAGCAUUAGGGGUAAAAUUCAAAUUGGAAAAGGAUAUCAUGGACCUAAGUGAUGAUGAUGAUAAGUACACAUCACAAGGAUUUCAUGGAGAGAAAGCUAUUCCUCAAAUAAUUGAAGAAAAUGAACAUCCACAAAGGGUUGAAAUUAUCAAAAGAAAACGUGCUUCUGAUAUUCAGGCUUCUACUUCCACGUCUACAUCCUUUGCUGAUUUAUUUGAAACAGAAAAUCUCCCUGUAAAGAGAAAUAUGGCUAGAACACAAGGUGCAUCAUCUUAUCAAGGAAAAAGUUCUUGUCAAGGGGAAAAUAGAAGACUUACUGCAUCAGCUAGGAGAAGACAGGAAGAAGCUGAUAUUCAUAAGGAGAAGCAUAAUGUUAUUGAAGAGCAACAUCAUGUUCAGGAGCGGGAGGAUGUGAAUGUUGGUGAAAAGGAAGUUUGUGGAUUUCCUGGAGGUCCACAUGAUACAUCUUUGCUCACUCACUAUGCGCGACAUGUUGCACAUGCGUUGUGGCAGGGCGAGGAUCGAGGGGUGAUCAAGCUGAUCUCCCAUGGUAAGAAAUUAAAUAGAUUUGGAGCAUGUCACGAGGCAAUUGAAGAAAUUGUGUUGAAUUCUGGAUUAUUGCCUCUUUGUGGUAUUUCGUACGACUAUGUUGACAAGGGUUUGUUGUUGGCGUUUGCUGAGAGAUGGCAUUUGGAGACAAACACUUUCCAUUUGCCAGUGGGUGAGAUGAGCAUUACACUCGAUGACGUAUCGUCGCUCCUUCACCUGUCUAUAGAGGGAGAAUUUUGUCCAGUCAAGGACUUAGAAUGGGAAGAAGCUCAGUCUGCUCUCAUGGACCUUUUGGGUGUGGACUACGAGAGGGCGGGAACUGAGAUGACAUAA